GCAUGCCUGGUGCGUGCGCAGUGACGGGGGCGGCGGCGGCAGUCAUGGCGGCUCGGUGCGUGAGGGUGGCGCGGCGCAGCCUCCCGGCUUUGGCGCUGUGUCUCAGGUCGUCCCCUCGGCUGCUGUGCACGGCCACGAGGCAGAAGGACAGCGGCCAGAACCCGGAAGAGGAUGCGGGUCCGCACGAGCAGAAGACAGACGCGCCCUCCUCAGAGAAGGCGCUCGUGGACGAGAAGCUGAAGCUGGAGGAGCAGCUGAAGGAGACGGUGGAAAAAUAUAAGCGAGCUUUGGCAGAUACGGAGAACUUGCGGCAGAGGAGCCAGAAGUUGGUGGAAGAGGCAAAAUUAUACGGCAUCCAGGGCUUCUGCAAGGACCUGCUGGAGGUGGCAGACAUCUUGGAGAAGGCGACGCAGAGUGUCCCAAGGGAGGAGGUGAGAGAUGACAACCCGCACCUGAAGAGCCUGUAUGAGGGGCUCGUGAUGACGGAGCUCCAGAUCCAGAAGGUGUUCACGAAGCACGGCCUGCUCCGGCUGGACCCCGUGGGGGCCAAGUUCGACCCCUACGAGCACGAGGCCCUGUUCCACACGCCGGUGGCGGGCAAGGAGCCGGGCACGGUGGCGCUGGUCAGCAAAGUGGGCUACAAGCUGCACGGGCGCACGCUGCGGCCCGCGCUGGUGGGGGUGGUGAAGGCGGCGUAGCGCCGCGGGCCCUCGCCGGGGCCCCCCAGCCAGGCUCGGCUCCGCCUCUCCUCUCGACCCCUUCCCAGACCCUGCUGGAAAACUAGUCACCGCGGCUACGCAGCGAAUCCAGCCAGUGGCACAGAUGCGUGAAUGGCCUCUAAUUCGGAAGUCUAUUCGUUGAUUUCUAACACCCCUUUACUAGCCCAGCGUGCUUCCAGAACAGGCGGCGGCCGCUUCCAGGGCCUGGAGUGUCUGGGGUCCCGCGUGAGCUUGAGCCGCUCACAGCCUGGCGAUGGCCACAUGUCAUGAGCGAGUACACCGUCAGGGGCCACACCGGCCACCCGGCAACCCUUUGGCCCGAGCGUCCCCUGCACUCAGCCCGCUGCCUCCUUCCAGUGAAGGGAAGGCGAGGGUUCCAGCACGUUCCUGCUCAGGACAGGUUCACGGUGCCCUUGAAGUUCACGGGCUCACUUGGGGUCGGGUCCUGUCCGGCUGCUGUGACCGGCCUUCGGCUUUUCUCCAACGCAGGCCGUGAGCAGGAGCGCCUGAAUAGCCUUCCCCACCUUAGUUUGCCAGUAAUGGAAUUUGAUGAAAAUCGGUCACUUUUGCCCUGAUUUGUUCAUCUGUUGGUAGAAACGUUCAGAUCUGUAUUCACUAGUUCUGACGGCCUGAAGGCACUGUCCCUGGGGAGGCGGACUUCCUCGGAGUCUGGCCACUGCAUGCUCGGUACAAUGGAGAUGUUCAUGUUAAUUUUUAAAUUUUAUUUAAGAGGAUUAAAGCCCUAACGUUUAUUUUCCUACUCUGAUAACCGCUGUGUGUACUUUGGGGAGGGCGCCCCCCAUCUGCUCAGACCGCCAAGCCAUGUGCUCGACUCACGUCCGCACACAGGCCAGCUUCCGUCUGGUGCAGUCACGGGCUGGCCUGUAACUGGGACUCUGCUGGGGGCAGAUGUCCCCACCUGCAGACCCGGGAAGGGGACCAGAACACCUCCCUUCCAUUCCGCAUUCACGUGGAGAGAACAGUUGAGCGGUCGGUGUUACAAACGGAGAAAAUCCAACCUUCCACUGCCUUUGCCUCCAAGAGCUACUUGUAGGAGUCAAGGUCAACACUGUCAAAUUCAUUUACUGCCUAAAAAGGUGGGGCAGUUUAUUUUGCUUGUAUUUUGAAAGAUGUAGGUAACAUUCCCAUAAUUAAAAUGUUAACUUCUACCACUUA